AAGCAGCAGAGGCUGCAGUUUCCGAGUGUGGACUCUGGGCGCCGCUGUUGGCCAAAGUGGAGAGCUUGACGCUCGCGAUCUUCUCGCGCAGCCGCAGCGCGCUUUCCAGGGCAGCCGCGUCUCCGACUCUCCGGCGCGAGCCCUUACACCGCUACCUCCUCGCGAAAAGAAUAAUCCCGGACCUCCACUCCGAACUCCGUCCGGAGCUCCGAAUAUCUGCAAUACAGAGAUUCUUUGUAAUCCGCGUCUCCAGGCCGGUGAGCAAACUGAGGGGAACAAGAGGGAUGGGGAGCGGCGCUGGGGAGAAGGGCCGGACUGCCAGGCGGCCAGUGCUCUUUCCCUUCCUGCUGUCUUUGUUCGGCCUGGCGCUCUCUGAGCAGAUCCGCUACAGGAUUCCCGAGGAAAUGCCCAAGGGCUCGGCAGUGGGGAACCUCGCCAAGGACCUGGGGUUCAGUGUCCAGGAGUUACCGACUCGAAAGCUGCGCAUCAGUUCGGAGAAGCCUUACUUCACUGUGAGCGCAGAGAGCGGGGAGUUGCUCGUGAGCGGCAGGCUAGACAGGGAGCAGAUAUGCGGGAAGAAUCCAGCUUGUGCUCUGGAAUUUGAGGUUGUUGCUGAAAAUCCACUGAACUUCUAUCACGUGAAUGUGGAGAUAGAGGACGUUAAUGACCACACGCCAAAAUUCACCCAAAAUUCCUUUGAACUGCAAAUAAGCGAGUCCACAAAGCCUGGGGCACGAUUUAUCUUAGGAUCUGCCCAUGAUGCAGAUGUUGGUACCAACUCACUACAGAAUUAUCAGCUCAGUCCCAACGAUCAUUUCUCACUCGUGAAUAAAGAGAAAUCGGAUGGCAGUAAAUACCCUGAGCUGGUAUUGAAGACACCUUUAGACCGAGAAAAACAGAAAACCUACCACUUGACCUUGACUGCUUUGGACUUUGGCGAUCCACCCCUAACCAGCAUUGCAAAGAUACAGGUCGUAGUGACUGAUGCCAAUGAUAACCCUCCAGUGUUCAGCCAAGACAUAUACAGGGUAAGCCUUCUGGAAAGCGUGUACCCGGGCACCACCGUGCUUCAGGUAACAGCCACUGACCAGGAUGAGGGCAUCAAUGCUGAGAUCAGCUUCUCUUUCAGUGAAGCUAGCCAGAUCCCCCAGUUUGACCUAAAUUCUAAUACUGGGGAAAUUACCAUUCUAAAUUCGUUAGAUUUUGAAGAAAUCAAACAAUAUUCCAUAGUUUUAGAAGCAAGGGAUGGUGGAGGAAUGAUUGCACAAUGCACAGUGGAGAUAGAAGUCCUAGAUGAAAAUGACAACGUCCCAGAAGUGAUAUUCCAGUCUCUACCUGACCUAAUUAUGGAGGACAUUGAACUGGGAACACACAUUGCUUUGUUCAAAAUCCGGGACAAAGAUUCUGGACACAAUGGAGAAGUUACUUGUAAAUUGGAAGGUGAUGUUCCGUUUAAAAUACUCACUUCUUCAAGAAACACGUAUAAAUUAGUGACAGAUGGAGUUCUAGACCGCGAGCAGAACCCGGAGUACAAUGUCACCAUCACAGCCACCGACCUAGGCAAGCCUCCCCUCUCUUCCAGCUCAAGCGUCACUCUGCACGUUGGUGAUGUAAACGAUAACGCUCCGAUUUUCCACCAGGCGUCCUACUUGGUCCACGUUGCCGAGAACAACCCGCCUGGAGCCUCCAUAGCGCAAGUGAGCGCUUCCGACCCAGACCUGUGUCCCAACGGCCACGUCUCCUACGCAAUCGUGGCCAGUGACCUGGAGCCGCGGGUGCUGUCGUCCUACGUGUCCGUGAGCGCACAGAGCGGGGUGGUGUUCGCGCAGCGCGCCUUCGACCACGAGCAGCUGCGCGCCUUCGAGCUGACGCUGCAGGCCCGCGACCAGGGCUCGCCCGCGCUCAGCGCCAACGUGAGCCUGCGCGUGUUGGUGGGCGACCGCAACGACAACGCGCCGCGGGUGCUGUACCCGGCGCUGGGGCCCGACGGCUCGGCGCUCUUCGACACGGUGCCGCGCGCGGCGGAGCCCGGCUACCUGGUNUGUGGUGAUGCUUCUGGGGCCAUGUUUCCACUUUGUAAUUCCAGUGAGUUGACCUCCCAUCCUGAGACUCUAACACCGCACUGCAGAAGGUUGGUCCUGCUGUGCACUCUCCUGGGAACGCUGUGGGAGGCCAGGUCCAGUCAGAUCCGCUAUUCAGUGCCUGAAGAGACAGAAAAGGGGUAUAUCCUGGGAAACAUCUCUAGAGAUCUGGGACUGGAGGCCCGCGAGCUGGCGGAACGCGGAGUCCGCAUCAUUUCCAGAACAAACGAUAAUGCCCCAAUUUUUGCUCAAUCGAUUUACCGAGUGAAAGUCCCAGAGAACGUGCCCCCAGGCACUCAGCUGCUAACUGUAACAGCUACGGAUCCAGAAGAGGGAGUCAACGGGAAAGGAGCAUAUAAAUUCCGAGAAAUUAAUGAAAAACAAUCUCCGAUAUUCCAGCUCAAUGAAAAUACUGGGGAAAUAUCAACAGCAAAAAGUCUGGAUUAUGAAGAAUGUUCAUUUUAUGAAAUGGAAAUACAGGCUGAAGAUGGUGGGGGAUUGAAAGGGCGGACGAAAGUGCUCAUUUCAAUGGAAGAUGUAAAUGACAAUAGACCUGAAAUGACCAUUACAUCUCUGUUUAGCCCAGUAAGGGAAGAUGCUCCCCAGGGAACACCACGGGGCCGGCCCGUAAUUGUCCUUUUCAAUGCCCGUGAAGACUCCGGGAAGAAUGGUGAAGUUAUUUGUUCUAUCCAGGAGAAUCUAACUUUUAAAUUAGAAAAUCCAAUAGAAGAUUGUUAUGGAUUGUUGACAACCCAGAUUCUAGACAGAGAAAAAGCCUCUGAGUAUAACAUCACAGUGACCGCGACCGACAGAGGAGCCCCGCCCCUGUCCACGGUAAUUCACAUCGCCCUGCAAGUGGCUGACAUCAAUGACAAUCCGCCUGCCUUCUCUCAAGCCUCCUAUUCAGUCUAUCUCCCUGAGAACAAUGCCAGGGGCCCUUCCAUCUUCUCUGUGACUGCCCAUGUCCCUGAUAAUGAGAAUGCUAGGGUUAUUUACUCCUUGGCUGAGGACACCAUCCAGCAGGCUCCUCUCUCCGCCUGUGUCUCCAUCAACUCUGACACUGGCAUGCUGUAUGCACUGUGCUCCUUUGACUAUGAGCAGUUUCACGAUCUGCAAAUUCAGGUGAGGGCAAGAGACAGCAGGCACCCCCCACUCAGCAGCAAUGUGUCAUUGAGCCUAUUCGUGCUGACCCAGGAUGACUAUGUGCCUGAGAUCCUAUAUCCCACCUUCCCCACAGAUGGUUCCACCAGCAUGGACUUGGUACCCCACUCUGCAGAGCCUGGCUACCUAGUGACCAAGGUGGUGGCAGUGGACAGAGAUUCUGGCCAAAAUGCCUGGCUGUCCUACCACCUGCUCAAGGCCAGUGAGCCUGGGCUCUUCAUGGUGGGGCUGCACACAGGUGAGGUGUGCACGGCAUGGGCCCUGAUGGACAGAGAUGCGCCCAAGAGGAACCUCAUGGUAGUCACCCAGGACCAUGGCCACCCCCCUCUCUUGACAACUGUCAUGCUCACUGUGGCUGUGGCUGGCAGCAUCCCAGAUGUCCUGGCCAAUAUGGGCAGCCUCGAGGUCCCACAUGACUCAGAUGCUUCAGGCCUCACACUCUACCUGGUGGUGGCGGUGACAGCCAUCUCCUGUGUCUUCCUGGCCUUUGUCAUCAUGUUGCUGGCACUCAGGCUGAAAUGCUGGAAUUCCUCUCAUCUGCUUCAGGCUGCUGGCAGUGGGUUGGGUGUACCCACCUCACACUUUGUGGGCGUAGACGGCGUGUGGGCUUUCCUGCAAACCUGUUCCCAUGAGGUCUCCCUCACUGCAGACUCACUGAGGAGUCACCUGAUCUUCUCUCAGCCCAACUAUGCCUACACACUCAUCAGCCAGGAGAGCUGUGAGAAAAGCGAGCCUUUGUGCAUUUCAGUUGAUUCCAAGUUUCCUAUAGAAAACACCCGUUUGGCUCCCAUGAGUUCUGUAUUUCUUUUCUUUCUGUCACAGUUGGCUUUCUCUUUAAGUAUUUGUAAUGAAGAUAGCAUAGGUUGA